AUGCUUUGUAUAAAUGCUGCAGGAGACCAACUUAUACCACCUUUAUUUGUUUUUCCAAGGGAAAGAAUGGAUGUUAAACUUAUGAAAAAUGCACCGAUUGGAAGCAUUUUUGUCGCUCAUCCAAGUGGAUGGAUAACCGUCCAAGGAUUUUUAAAAUGGUUAAAUGUAUUCGUGGAUCGAGUUAAUCCGACUGAGGAAAACCCAAUUCUUUUAAUAUUGGAUGGCCAUAGCACACAUAAGGAUCUGCAAGUUAUUUUAUAUGCAAAAGAACACCACGUUCACAUGCUAAGUUUGCCCCCUCACACGACACACAAACUGCAACCUUUGGACAGAGCUAUUAUCACAACACAGAGCCAAACCAAACCGUUUAAAGGUGCAUUUAAUGCAGCAUGUGAGGUCUGGAUGAGCAAAUACGGAAGACUAGGCUUAAAAAUAACCGUUCAAGAAAUCAGUGGUUUAGUUGGAAGCGCAUUUUCAAAAAUUUGUAGAAUGGAAUUGGCACAAUCUGCAUUUCAAUGUACAGGGAUAUAUCCCUUAAACAAAAAUAUCUUUACAGAACUAGCUUUUCUUCCUGCUUCAAACACUACGAAAAUAUUAGAAGCCGACAACCAAGAGAACCAUGAACCUAAAAAUCAUUCACUAACCCCUUCUACUAGCUUAAACUCCGGAUCUCUAAACCAGUCUUCAUUUGACAAAAUAGUUCCCUCCGUUUCUACAAGUAAAUCAACGGAACUUCUAACUUCUUCUUCUGUUGGUUUUACCGUAAGUUUGACGCCCCGAUCUCCUAAUAAAGAUACAAAUAUUUCAUCUUCAAUCAUUGAUGGGUUGAUUCCCGCCAUACCUGAAGUUAACAAUGAAAAAAGUGGGAAAAAAGUAGAAAUUUUUCCACAUUUCCACAUUUACCGACAAAACAAUGAACUUCUUUCAGUCAGUCGACUAUGA